GAGCGUGACCCGCCGGCCAAAGUCAAGCUCGGCUCUCCCUCAGACCACCCUGGCGACGACUACGGAGCGUCACUGACAACCACCCGGAAGUAGUACUAUCGCUUCCGGGGCCGUCGAGCGCGCGGCGGGAAAUUAUUUCCCAGAGCCCGGAUUAGUGAAGCAGCGAGUGAUGCCGCGGCAGUCGUCGCCCCUGUCGCUGCCGCCGCCGCCGCCGCCCGAGGGAAGCAGCCCAGACACUCCGGUCGGGAAGAUGGAAGAUGAUGGCCCAAAGCAUAUCAUCCAGAUAACAGGAUUUAAGAUGGAGGAAAAGGAAGCCCUAGGCAAAUUGCUUUUAAAAUUAGAUUGCACGUUUAUUAAAAGUGAGAAAUAUAAAAACUGUACACAUCUUAUAGCUGAACGCCUAUGUAAGAGUGAAAAAUUUUUAGCAGCUUGUGCAGCAGGAAAGUGGGUACUAACAAAGGACUACAUAAUUCAUAGUGCCAAAAGCGGCAGAUGGCUUGAUGAAACAACUUAUGAAUGGGGAUAUAAAAUUGAAAAGGACUCCCAUUAUUCACCUCAAAUGCAAUCUGCACCUAAGAGAUGGCGUGAAGAACUGAAACGUACUGGUGCUCCAGGAGCCUUCCACAGAUGGAAAGUUGUCCUCCUUGUUAGAGCUGAUAAGCGAAGUGAUUCUCUUAUAAGGGAGGGAGCCGUAGUAGUCUUUUUCCGUGCCUUCUUCCAAUGCCAGCCGUUGGUAAUGGAUUUGGAUAGGUUUAGAGAGGACAGCAUCAAUUUGUCUUUUGAUAAGAUUAGUAAAAUGGCGAAACGCCCAGGGACCGAAGGUUAUGAGCAAAAGGAGGCAAAAGAGGGGGCCCAAGACAGGGAGGAGGUCAAGACUAGGGAGAGGGACAGGUUCAUCCCCGGGGAUGAUAGAGAUGUCGGGGAGAAGGCUAGCUGUAACGCAGAGGCCUGUCCAAUUGAAAGGGAGCAUGGUGUAGGCAAGGUUGCCCCCACAAAUGAACACUUGUCCUGGAGGGGGGCAGAUGGAGGUGGAAACGUUAGUUACAGUAUGACAAUCGGAAAAGGUGACAAAUCCGACGUCACUAUCAUAAGAAUUAUUUUGAAAUUUCCCUUGGAAGCAACCGGAGGAAUUGAAACCCGAGGGCUGUACUCUGAAAGGGGGGUGAUAAUGAGCAACUGGCAUCUCCAUUGA